AUGGCGUCAACGGGUGACAGCCACCAGCCUCGUCCUAACCUUGUGCUUUUCUCCCCCCUGCCAUCUCACCCUUCACAGUCCUCCCCACUUCACUCAGACACUCGUGUUACGAAAUUCUGCCUCUUUCUCCUCAGUCCUCCCCUCGUGUUGGCCUUCUCCCUCCCCGAGAGAGAGUUCUACACACAGGGUCGCGGCUUCACACUUCGGCUUGAAGGCAUGGCUUGCGUCGCGGAUGUCAGCCGCGCUGCGGUUUCUGGGUGCGUUGCCGGCAGCAGCGCUGCCCGUGGCAAUGCCGCGCCCAGCGUGAGGGUGGCGGUUCUGAGCCCGUCGUCGUUCGUGGGGCAAGUGGUGAUGGGAGGCGCCGCGGAGGCCAAGGGCAGGAAGGGCGCGUCGACAUUGGUGGUGCGCGCUGCUCGUGAGAAGUACGAGAGGACGAAGCCCCAUGUGAACAUCGGCACCAUCGGGCACGUCGACCACAUCCUGCUUGAGCAAGUGGGCGUGCCGAACAUGGUGGUGUUCAUGAACAAGCAAGACCAGGUGGAUGACGAGGAGCUGUUGGAACUGGUGGAGAUGGAGAUUCGGGAGCUGCUGACCUCGUACGAGUUCCCCGGAAACGACAUCCCAAUCGUGUCGGGAUCGGCGCUGCUGGCGCUGGAGGCGCUGAUGAAGCCGGAGAACAAGAACAUCAAGAGGGGCGACGACAAGUGGGUGGACAAAAUCUUCGAGCUGAUGGACAACGUGGACCAGUACAUCCCGGUGCCGCAGAGGAUGACGGAGCUGCCGUUUUUGAUGGCGAUCGAGGACGUGUUUUCGAUCACGGGGCGUGGAACGGUGGCGACGGGGCGUGUGGAGAGGGGCGUGGUGAAGCUGGGAGACGUGGUGGAGAUCGUGGGGCUGCGGGAGACGAGGAGCACGACGGUGACGGGUCUGGAGAUGUUCCAGAAGCUGCUGGACGAGGCGAUGGCGGGCGACAACGUGGGGGUGUUGCUGCGAGGUAUCCAGAAGGUGGACAUCCAGAGGGGGAUGGUGCUGGCGAAGCCGGGGACGAUCAAGGGGCACAAGACGUUCGAGGCGUCGGUGUACGUGCUGAAGAAGGAGGAGGGCGGGCGACACUCGCCAUUCUUCAAGGGCUACAAGCCGCAGUUCUACAUGAGGACGACGGACUGCACGGGAGGAAUUCUGAGCAUCCAGACGGACCAGGGCGAGGAGGCGAACAUGGUGGUGCCGGGAGACAGGGUGAAGCUGACGAUCGAGCUGAUCAACGAGGUGGCGUGCGAGGAGAAGAUGAGGUUCGCCAUCCGGGAGGGAGGCAAGACGGUGGGCGCGGGAGUGAUAUCGAAGAUCAUGACGUAGAUGGUGGGGUGAGGGUGAGGGUGGUGAGGGUAGGGGGCUGGUUAGAGUGUGUGUGAUAGGACAUUGGAGGAUGAGUCUGGCAGCGGGGGGAGUGUAGAGGCCCGUCGGUGCGGUGCGGAAGGCUCAGACGAGUAGGGAGUGAAGAGAAGAAGGUAGAGGAGUAGGGAAACGCAGCCACUGGUAUGGGCAGUGGAUAUCUUUGUGGGACUGGAUGAAUGGAACCAGUAAUUUUUUUGCAA